ACUGGGGGGAGGGAGUUGUUAAUUUUCCAAUUCCGAUACACCAGCGGAGUGUAACUCCGGGCGGAAAAAUGACUUGCCAGCAGUAGUCCUGCAGCAGCAUCUCGACAAGCCACGCGGGCAGUUUGGUUCAGUUCGCAGCUCAGCUCUGUUUGAGUUGGAUUGGACGAUCGCAUCGAAUUUCUGAGCAGCUCAAGCACGUGUGUGAAUGUUGUGCUAAGUUUCUAAACUCCAAAGUUCUCAAGUGUGCAUGUACGCGUGUGCCGAUCAGUGUGCGAAUGAGUGUGAAAACCAAUUGAAGAAGGUGCCGCGAUUGCAUUCGGAAAACUGUGUCAACGUAGAACUGGCUGACGAUGAUAGCACACCACUGACCCAGAUGUGACGCUGUAGUCGACACAGUGAGACGCACCGGAAAGUACACCAUUAAGCGGGUUUUCGUGGACUAUAACGAGCGCGGUUUGAGGUCACUGUGCUGACAUUCUAGGCAAAGAGUUCUACCGAGUGCGCGUGUGAAGAACAAGUGCAGUAGAAGGCACUGUUAAGCUAUUUUAAUUAGCAGCACAGCGAAGCAGCAGUAUUAUUAUCGCUCACAACAUGGACGUAAGGGACAACUUUACCGAUUUUACGCUGGCGUCCAACUACAUCAUGCAGUUGGCGAUCGACGAAUAUCAGGCAGAUCGCAAUUGGACGCGAUUAAUCGACCGAUACUGGAAUCUGGUGGAGGAUCUCAUUGGAGAUCCACGCGCCAAGCAGCUUCCCUUCAUGGACAAUCCGCUGCCGACGGUCGGGAUGGUGCUGACCUACCUCGCCUGGGUGCUGAUCAUCGGACCGACGUACAUGCGCGACCGGAAACCGAUGCAGCUUACCAACACCCUCUUCUAUUACAACCUCGGCCAGGUCCUGCUGAGCGCUUACAUGUUCUACGAGCACUUGAUGGCGGGUUGGGCACGCGGGUACAGCUUAACAUGCCAACCGGUCGACUACAGUGACGAUCAACUAUCGCGACGGAUGUUCAACCUCUGCUACAUCUACUACCUCUCGAAGCUGUCCGAGUUUGCGGACACGGUAUUCUUUGUGCUGCGCAAGAAAAAGUCACAAAUUUCCUAUCUCCAUCUGUACCACCACUCGCUCACCCCGAUCGAGGCUUGGAUACUGACCAAGUUCCUCGCAGGUGGCAAUGCAACACUGCCCAACAUUAUCAACAACUUUGUCCACACGCUGAUGUACCUCUACUACAUGCUGUCCGCGAUGGGACCGCGCUAUCAGAAGUAUCUUUUCUGGAAGCAGUUUUUAACCGAAUUACAGAUUGCCCAGUUUGUUAUCUGCAUCGGACACGCGAUCAACGCGCUGCUUACGGACUGUGCCUUCCCGAAGUUUAUCACCUUCCUGCUGCUGUGCAACGCCAGCAUAUUCUUCGUGCUGUUUAUGAAUUUCUAUCUGGAAAAUUACCGCAAACAGGCCACUGCGAAGGCGGCGCAGCAGGAAGCAACAGCUCUGGCAGCCUCCUGCCAGCAAGAACACCAGCAGCAGCAGCAGCAGCAGCAGCAGCAAGUGGUAUCAGUGGAGUCGCUGCCGCUCAAGAAGCAACAAUGA